CGGCGGUAAUGCGUACUGGACCAAUUAGUAGUACAGGCAGGAAGUUUAUUGUGUGGUGUAGCAUAAUAUUUUAACCAGUUAUUUGUAGGUGACCAAAUUCCCAGCCAAGAUGUGCUGAUGAAUAUAUCCAUGUAAUCCAUGUAUCGAUUCGAUUAUCAACCAACCUUCUUGAAGUGGCCACUUCAACCACCCGGUUGGCGCUCGGAAUAUCACUGUGAAGUAAGAGUCAAGUCGAGCCAUCAGGAUGGAUUCAUUUCGGCUACCGGUCGCUUUUAGCCAUUACUGGUAUCGGUAUAUGAACCCGAAGAAGCUGGUUGAGAUUAAAUUUUAUCAUCUCUCACGGAACAUGACCAUGCAGAGAACGACCAAACUGUAUAAACUGCCGGACGAUACGAAAACGUUCGGUUUCCAGAAAAUACGGGAAGCGGAUUUGAAAGAGACCUAUCGAUUGUUGGAGCGCUACCUCGCGGGAUUCCAUCUAACGCCGGCGUUUGAUGAGGACAAAUUCCGCCACUGGUUCUUGCCUCAAGAAAGUAUCAUUGAUUGUUUCGUGGUGGAGAAGAGACUUUUUCAAUAAAACCAGAGCCGCGUCGAAGUGGAAGGGAUGAAAUUUUCGGUAUCUGAUGUCGACUGCUUACACUGUAAGCCUUACAGCAUAAAUUAACCUACUUAAAUUUACUUCGUCAACGUAAUAUAUAAAUAGAUCUUAUUUAACUAGCGAAAAGUUGAUAAUGUGCCUGUAAGAGAUUUAGGUGAUAAAAAAAUAGCCAUAAAGGUAUAUUAUUUUGAAUCAUUUUCGCCUAUGUUUAGGAUAUAUAUUAAACCAGCGUCAUGGGUAGUAUGUACCAAAAAAAUCGUCGUAUAUACCGUAUAUCACAUCAAACAAUUUCUAGAGAAUUUCCAAUUCAUUCAUUCAUUAAUGUUAGCAAUUCAUCAUCUUAUAUACCGAUGUUUUUUGGUGUCCCUAAAUUAAAAAAAUGUAUUAUGUUACAUUCAAUAGGCUUCCAGUAUAGAAAAAAUCUAAACAGAUUCGACAGAUUUGAUUAAUUAAUUUUCAGGAGAAGCAUUUAUUUCUCAUGGCAAUAGAUAUCAAUUUAAAAAUUC